UUCCUUUGCGCGCGCGCGAGGAGACUCCGAGGGUGCACGCGCGCGCCAUCUCCAUCCGCGUUAUUAAUAUUCAUCUCUCUGACGGGAACGGAGGCGUUUCGAUGCGAUUUAUAACGACACGCUUAACCUGAUGAUAUCCUGCGGACUCGAGGGGGACAUCUGAGGAGAUCCUCACCUGCGCUCGUGACUAAGGUAGUGAUGUCGUGAUGGCUCCGCCCCAAGGGAGGCGUUCCCUCGGCCCCGUCUCACCUAAACGCAUCUACAGGAGCCUGUCACUCAAGCUGAGGGGCGGGGCUUCACACAGUGAGGCGGAGCCUACUGACUGGAGGAGGAGACUGAGCAGAGGACCAGCUGAGUACUCUAGUCUGUGGGAUGCUCUGGAGAAUGAAGACACACUCGGGGUGCAGCAUCUGUUAUCCAGAGAAAGAGCGGCAGACGGUCGAGUGAACAGCGUCAGUGAGCUCGGGCUGGUGCCGCUGGACGUGGCCGCUCUUACCCAUAAUGCACCACUGCUGCAGGUGCUGGUGAAGGCUGGGGCCAAACACAACCCCACCUUGAGCUCUGCCUCUGAUUGGUCGCUGAAGCUGGAAGAACUGGUGUCAUUGGCUGAGCAGAAGGUGGAGGAGUGGAGGGCGGAGCUUCUGCUGAGAGAGAAGGCGGAGCUUCAGCCACAGACAGACACACAGAAGAAUGUGGAUCUCUGGACGCGUCGACUAGAACUUUACCAGAGUAUGAGAGAGAGAUUUAACACCACCGCUCGCCCCGGGCCCCCCGCCGGAGCCGCUCUGCUGGUGACGGGCGACAGCUGUCUGUGUGUGAGAGUCACUGAAGACCCCGCUCAGACACACGGCCUCGUCACCCGCUACAGAGUUGAGUGGAGCUCUUUGUCGAGUUUUCAUCCUCUGUGUGGCACCGGAUUCAUCACAGACACCAGAAACCCUGAGUUCAGCAUCACAGGCCUCCAGACUGGUGUCCAGUAUUACGUGCGGGUCAGUGCGUAUAACGUCAGAGGUUGGGGUUCUUUCGUGAGCAGCAGCCCGCCGUGUGUCGCUCCGUCCAGCUGGAGCUCGUGCUGCGGUGUGACUCUGAGACACAAGAACCCAGCCGCCGCUGUCAGGAGGAUAUCACAAGAGAUCAGAGAACCAGCACUCAGCGAGAGCAGGGUGUCAGUGAGGAGAGUGUGUGUGUCUCGUGGUCUGAAGCAGCUCUUUCACUCCAGGGUGGUCCGUGUCUUACAGAGAGGUGUGUACCUGGUCAGUGUGUUCUCUCAGAAGGACAGUGUUCUGGUGACGGCGGGUGAUCAUCUUCCUCUGGUGGAGAUCCAGAGCUGCUCCACGUCUGUGUCUCAGGACUUCCUGUGGCUCUGUAAGCUGUCCUGUGCGUGGACUCAGGUGCCGCAGCUGCUGCAGGUCCUGUCCUCUUCAUCGUUCUCCUCGUCUUCAUCUCUGCUGCAGAACAGACUCAGCUUCCUGCGGGCCGUCGCUCAGCUGCAGGCGUCGGUGGGCUGUGUGGAUCUGGGUCAGCUGUACUUCGAGCCUCUGAAGGACCGGCAGGGGAACGUGCUGCUGGUGACCCUGAGAGAGGUCACGACCCCGCUGACCCCGGCUGACCCCCCGCUGCACUGGCUCCCGGUCAGCAGCCUGGAGAGGAACCAGAGCGAGACGCCGCUGCUGCCCGAACCCUCGGCCGUAGAGCAGCUCACACACCGACUCAAGGAGAUGCUGGCGUAUCACCGGAGGAGUCAGCAGAUGGCUCAGCCCGGUCUGUAUGUGGGCGUCCUGAAGCUCUGCAGCUCAGUGGAUCAGCUCCGGAUCCUGGUUCCUCAGAAAUUACCCAACAUGCCCUGCCACAGCCGCGUCAGGAACCGGUCGCACGUCUCACGGGAGGAGUGGGCGUGGCUACAGGAGCAUGCAGUGGGCGGGGCCUUUGGAGCUCGGGAGGGCGGGGAUGAAGCUGUGAUUGACAGCUCAGGUGUGCAGGACUUCGUGAAGGCCCUGAGAUCCGCAGUGACGCACCUGCUGACCAAACUCAGCGUCCCGCUGGAGAGGGCGAGCGAGUACCGUGUUUACACACAGGAGCUGCUGCAGGUUGGAGAUCAGGUGUCUGUGAUUCUGCUGCUGCCGCCCUGUGAGGAGUUCAGAUCCCGCCAGCGUCCGGCAGAGGGAGCUCAGCACACCUUCACCGUCCCGCUGCACUGCUUUGAGCUCGUGCACCUGUGGGUGUACGAGCAGGAUCUUCUCUCUCAGUACUGUCAGCUGUGGCUCAGACUGGAGCUGGACGUCCGUCUUUCCCAGCAGGCUUUGAGAGAAGCGCUGGACACCGAGGAGCUGCAGGAGGCCACGGAGAGACUCGCACACGUCACACAGCUGGCACAGAGUCUGUCUGCGCUGUGGAGUGAGAGCCGCUGGCUGAUGGACGUCAUUCACACGCUGCGCUCCAAAAACUCAGAGGGGGCGGUGCCUCUGGGGCGGGUCAUGACCUCACGACCACCAAUCAGAUCAGCCGCUGAUGAGGCCACGCCCACCGCUUUACAUCCAGCAGAACAGACACAAACCGAGGUCACGGGGUCAGAGGUCAGCACGCCUGUGGAGGUCACAGAGGUCACAGGCGGGGUCACGUGUCCGGAGUCGCCCCCUCGCACCACACCGACAGCCUCCAGCCGCCGUCUCCCGAGCUCGGCGAGGGUCAGGAGCUGCUGACGGAGAUGAUGGAGCUGUUCCAGAGCCUGGAUCUGCUGGGAGGGGGCCUCACGGACCCCCAGGAGCCGGACUGGAGCGAUCCAGAGCCCGACCUGCAGAGCCAGGAGCAGGACGAUGGUGCCGUGACCCGCAGGGACCAUCCGGUGCGGAGUCUGGUGGAGUGGGUCAAAUCAACGGUUUAAUCAAACCCAGGCCGGACUAGAGGUGGCCUUAAAGUGCCGUUAUUAUGGGUAACGAAGGGUUCAUAUUCUGGGUUCGGGAGUCCCCCAACAACAAAAAACACUUGUAUGCAUUUAAUUUCACCUUCUCUGCUCAACGAUUCAUUUUUACAAACCCCUCCUUUUCUUUGUGAUUCCACUCUGAUUGGUCUCGCUGAUCUCUUCAGGCCUGUAAUGUCUGAUAAAGCAGCGUUUGGGAGUUUAUUUCAGCGCUCGAAAGCGGCACCUAGUGGUGAAGAAUUACUUUGCAUUUUCCUUCAGACCAACACGAAAGAGCGGUCAUCAACAUGAAGCCGAUUCGUGAGAGUGGACUCUUUCUAUCCAGACGAUGAAUCACGUGAGAUCCACUGAACCUGACUCUCCGGUCUCAGAGCAAACUCAUAAAUGAAUGAGAAACAUGUCAAAUCUAAUUAUACACACACUUCACUUUUAAUGGUGUUUUAGUAUUUUGAAUGCAUUUAAUAUAUUAUAGUUUAAACAAAGCAUUCGUGACGGGUUUGAAAGGGUUUGGUUCUCCCAUCAAUAGUUUGGACAGAUGCUCAUCUCAAAAAUAAAUAUAGUAAAUUAUUAUAUUAUGAAAUUGUAUUAUUAUAUAAUUCAGUAAUAAUGUUAUAAAUUAAAUAAAAAUAGUGCAUAUGUAUAAUAUAUUGUAUCUUUUGUU